AUGGCGAAAUUGGCUCAGUUUAAUCAACUUGUAGACGAUUUUGCCCACGAAAUAGACUUUGUUACUGUAUACAUCAGAGAAGCGCAUGCUUCAGAUGGGUGGAAUUUGAUAGGAAACAAAUAUGAAAUCUCCCAACAUGAGACGAUUGACGACCGCAUAGAAGCGGCUAAGCUUCUUUCUGAUUCGGGUUUAAGAAGCCCCCUUUUUGUGGACACGAUGGAAGACAAUGCUCAAAAGGCCUACUCCUCGCUGCCUGAGGCUCUGUUUGUUAUUGAAGAUGGGAAAAUUAUAUUUAAAGCGUUUGGACCUUACGCGUAUGAUCCGAGUCAGUUGCAGUCUUGGUUAACGGACAAAGUAAGACAUUUCAACAAAAGCGAAUAG